CCCCGACACUCUCUCACUGGGUACUUGGGAAAAGUGGGGGACGGGAGGGAGGACGGUCAGUGGAAGCCAAGGAGCGAAGGGAACCGGGAGCAGAUUGUGGGCGCGAGGGGGACGCGGAGCCCCAGCAGCCGUCCGGGACGCCCGAGCGCCGCGUCCCCGGCGGCGGCGGCACGGCCGGGGAUCCCCGCCGCCGGGGCUCUGAGGGGGCAGCUGAUCUCGCUCCGCCCUAGGACGUGUGCCCGCGGCGGGGUAUGUGAGAGUCUCCCCCGGAGGUCAAGGGGCGGAAGGAGUCGGUCGGCGGCGCCCCUGUGAGGGGCGGCGGGGGUCUGCCUCCCCGGCGGCCCGGGCGGUGCAUGUGUGGCCGCUGGAUGCGGUGGAGGCGGCGGCGGCGGCAGCAGCAGCGGCAGCAGGAUGUUAGGGCAGCAGCAGCAGCAGCAACAGCUGUACCCGGCGGCCGGGCUCCUGGCCGGGGAGCGGGGCCGGCUGCUCUCCUGCUACGUGCAGGACUACCUCGAGUGUGUGGAGUCGCUGCCCCUGGACAUGCAGCGGAACGUGUCCGUACUGCGAGAGAUAGACACCAAGUACCAAGAAGCAUUAAAGGAAAUUGAUGAUGCCUGUGAAAAAUAUAAGAAAGAAAAUGAUCCACAUCAGAAGAAACGCCUUCAGCAGAAUCUUCAGAGAGCAUUAAUCAACAGCCAGGAACUGGGUGAUGAGAAAAUCCAAAUUGUAACACAAAUGCUUGAACUGGUAGAGAACCGGGCCAGGCAAAUGGAGUUGCAUUCACAAUGUUUUCAAGAUCCUUCAGAAAGUGAGAGGCCUUCAGAUAAGACAAAGAUGGAUUCCAGCCAACCAGAAAGGUCUUCAAGAAGACCUCGCCGACAGCGGACCAGUGAAAGCCGUGAUCUCUGCCACAUAGCGAAUGGGAUUGAAGACUGUGAUGAUCAACCACCUAAAGAAAAGAAAUCCAAAUCUGCCAAGAAAAAGAAACGUUCAAAGGCCAAACAGGAAAGGGAAGCUUCACCUGUUGAGUUUGCAAUAGAUCCCAAUGAACCUACAUACUGCUUAUGUAACCAAGUGUCUUACGGGGAGAUGAUAGGAUGUGACAAUGAACAAUGUCCAAUUGAAUGGUUUCAUUUUUCAUGUGUCUCACUUACUUAUAAACCAAAGGGAAAAUGGUACUGCCCAAAGUGCAGAGGAGAUAAUGAGAAAACAAUGGACAAAAGUACUGAAAAAACAAAAAAAGAUAGAAGAUCGAGGUAGUGAAGGCCAUCCACAUUUUAAGGGAUUAUUUGUCUUUUAUAUAAUUCAUUUACUUUACAGAAAAAUGUUUUAGGAUAAAUGCAUAAGGCUAUGCAAUAAUUUUUAAUCAUUAGUAUUAAUGGAGUAUUAAAAGUUGUCGUACUUUG